UUUGAGAGCGCACGACGCCCACUGGCAGCUGGCAGCAAGACAGACGCAUACUCGCACGCGCUGAUUAGACGUCCAGACAGCAUGGCGGCCAAGAUCCCCCCCUUCGAACACACGUCGCUCGACGACAUCCCCGCCAUUGCCGCGCGCAUCCGCCACGGCUUCCUCUCCCACACGACGCGCCCGCUCGAGUUCCGCCUGGUGCAGCUCCGCAAGCUGUACUGGGCGCUCAAGGACAAUGAGGCCCUGAUCAUCGAGGCGUGCAAGCAGGAUCUGGGCAAGCCGACGUUCGAGACGCACCUCUCGGAGCUGUCGUGGUGCAUGAACGACAUUGUCUUCAUGCAGAACAACCUGCCGCGCUGGGCCAAGGACGAGAAGGCAGAGGACAUCACCUUGACCAACAAGCUCAUGGGCCCGCGCAUCCGCAAAGACCCCCUCGGCGCGGUGCUGAUCAUUGGCGCCUUCAACUUCCCCAUCCAACUGUCGCUCGGCCCCCUGAUCGGCGCCAUCGCCGCAGGCUGCACUGCCGUCCUCAAGCCCUCCGAGGGCUCGCCCCAGUGUGCAGCUGUCCUGGAGAAGAUCAUCGCCGAGUCGCUCGACCCCAACUACUACACCGUGGUGCAGGGCGCCAUCCCAGAGACCACCGCCCUUCUUGACCAGAAAUGGGACAAGAUCUUCUACACCGGUUCGGCGAACGUGGGCACCAUCAUCGCGAAGAAGGCUGCCGAGACGCUCACGCCCGUCGCCCUGGAGCUCGGUGGCAGGAACCCGUCUUUCGUCACCAAGAACGCCGACCCCAAGCUGGCCGCACGACGCCUGCUGUGGGCCAAGACCUUCAACGCCGGCCAGGUCUGCGUAGGCCAGAACUACACCUUGAUCGACAAAGAGAUGGUCCAGCCCUUCGUCAAGGAGCUCGAGGUCCAGCUCAGGGAGUUCUAUCCGCAGGGUGCCCGCAACUCCCCCGACUACGGCCGCAUCGUCAACCAGCGCCAGUUCCAGCGUCUCAAGAAGAUGCUCGACGAGUCGCACGGCAAGAUCCUCGUUGGCGGCACCAUGGACGAGGAUGAUCUCUUCAUCGAGCCCACUGUCGUGCAAGUCGACUCCAUGGAAGACUCUCUCAUCAAGGACGAGUCAUUCGGCCCGUUCCUGCCCAUACUCGCCGUCAACGACCUCGACGAAGCCAUCAAGAUCGCCAAUGAGGUCCACGCCACUCCGCUGGGUCUGUAUCCCUUUGGCAACAAGGCCGAGAUGGAGAAGGUGCUCUCCCAGACGCGCUCCGGAGGCGCCACCCUCAACGACGGCUUCUUCCACGCCUCCAUCCCUACGCUUGCCUUUGGCGGCGUGGGCGAUUCCGGCCAGGGAGCGUACCGAGGCAAGGCCUCCUUUGAUGUCUUUACCCACAGGCGCAGUGUGACAUCUACGCCUACCUGGAUAGAGGGUAUGCUGAGCAUGCGCUAUCCUCCCUUCACCGCCAAGAAACUGCAACAGUUCUUGAAGAUGAGCGAGAUGAAGCCCAAUUUCGAUCGCCAAGGACGCGCAAUCGGAUGGGGCGGGUGGGUUUUGGGAUUGCUGGGUUUCAAGUCGUUGGCUGCUGUCGUGGUGGCCGUCGGCGUGCGCUUGUACCUUCAGCGACGCGCAAGGUUGUAGAU